CAAAAGCUUUGUUGCAUCACCACCACCACCACCAUUAUUUCUUGAAUUGGGAUUGCAUCACUUCGAUAGAAUGCCAAGGACCAUCAAUUUACUGCAAUGGGGGAGAUUGCCAACCAAACCAAUCUCAGCCAAACCGCAAAUCCCAACCUUUUCGUCUACGAAAAUGACAGCUUUAACAAUCCCCAGCAUGUCUUGUGUUCUACUUCUCAAGUGGGUGCAACAAUCUGGAGCUACUUGGGCACCAAUUUUUGUCUUCCGAGGAAAUGGAAGGAAAGUAUUUGUUUUAUGAUUUGAAGUUGAAGUCGCGUGGUAUAAGAAGUAGAUAUGGAUUUAACGGAAAGGCAUCGGCUUUGAGUUUUAUGUAGAAACCCAACUGCCCAUACGCCACCUCUUUCUUGCUUCUCAAAACCCUCGUUCCUCGCUUCAAUCUUCCUCCUUUCGCUCCUCUUCGCCCUCUUUGGCUUCUGGGCGUUCUGCUGGUGGAAAAAAGGUAAGACCUUGGUGGAGCUACUUGAAAAGCUGCCUGUUUUACCUUGUUGGUUUUAGCCUUUUAGGGAUUAUGUCGAUGCUUUUCUGUCUCGGUUUGCUUUGAGUUUCCUGGUUCUUGAUUUACUGAGUGUUGGAGUCUAGGGUUUGUUAAAGCUUUCCAUUUGUUUGAUCUCGCGAGUAUCGAAAAGCUAUCUAUUUCUCCAGACUCUUUGUUGAAGAACAAGUUCCGUUUUCUGUUGAUCUAAUCCCUCCUUCUGCUAUGAAAGUGAUGUUUUAGUUGGUUUCUGUAUUUUUCUCCUUUUGCUAGUAACCCUUAUGUACUACUAUGUUGUUGUUUAGGCAUCUAGCUGACCAAAUAACCUCUUUUUUCUACGCUUGUUUGAAAUUAGCUCUUUCUCUAUGCUUGAAUUUGAAUAUCUCCUUCUCAUUGGCUCACUCUAUAAGAUUUCUUUUGAAAAAAACUUGUUGUUCUAGGCAAAUGAUACGUCUUUUUCUUGGGUUUUUGCAUGCUAAUUCAUCUCCCUUUCUCUGUAGCUUUGGAGUGAUGGGAGACCAUUUUGUGUUGUUGGUGGACCGUCUGCUCACUGAGUCAACACUGGAAGCUGCCAUUGAAAGCAUAAAUCAUGGAUCAAGCAUGCCAUUGCCAACACUAGAAGCUGACUAUUCUCCGACGAAGAAAAUCAUUGGAGACGGGGUGUUCACUGGUAAGAUGGUCGAAUGUCGAAUCUGUCAGGAUGAGGAUGAGGAUAUCCAUAUGGAGAUUCCCUGUUCCUGCUGCGGGAGCUUAAAGUUUGCUCACCGCAAAUGUGUGCAGAAAUGGUGUAACGAGAAGGGUGACACGACUUGUGAGAUAUGCCUACAGCAAUUCGAGCCAGGAUAUACUGCCCCUCCUAAGUUAUUUCUAUAUGGGACUACUCCUAUGCAUUUCAGGGGAAAUUGGGAGGUCUCAAGGCAGAAUAUUCACAAUCAACAAUCUUUAACAAUGUCACAAACUGAGCAUGUUUUCCUGAGACCGACCUAUGAUUAUGCAGGUUUGAGUGAUAGAAAUAUUAUAUAUUGCCGCAUAGCUGCUACAACAUUCAUGAUUAUUUUGGUUCUUUGGCAUUCUCUCACUUUUAUUACUGAUGAAACUGAACAAUGCUCGAUCCUACUUCUCGUGCUCUUGUUGUUGAAGAUUGUUGGCAUUGUCCUACCUAUCUAUGUUACGUUGAGAGCAUUGUCGGUAUUUUAUCAACGCAAACUACAGGCAAUGCACGAUUCUUCUAUUUCAGCAUCACAAGUAGGCAAUCAACAUCCACACCCAUCACAAAGGAUACAGCCCUAGUCACAUAUAAUCGACCUUAGCCAACUUCAUGACAUAAAAGUCAUGAUACCCCAGUGUUUAUAUUGAUCAUCUCGGUCUCGGAUGUGGCAAAAUUACGAUUUAAGCUUCGUAUACAUCAAACAUAUAGAGUAAAUACGAUGUAUAUAGUGUCCUAGGUGGGAUUACCCACAUAAUGGUGCCACUCUCUUCGAGUACUUGAAGAUGCAGUGCGGUUGUGCAAUGUAUACUCGGAUAGUCUUGUAUUGAGAGGAUGUCUUUGUAAUUUGCUAGUACGAAGUUCAAAGUCAGUCCGACUCUGUAACCAGUUUGCUACUAGAAUGUAAAAGUGAAAUAUUUUGAAAAUGAA